AUGACGAGGAUUCCUGCUGUCGCUCUCGCUUUGUCGGCGGUGGCCGGCGUCUCGGCCCAUGCCGCUCACGCCGACGCACCCGAAUCCGCUUGGAUGCGCAAGUACCCGGACUCGGGCGACCUCUCUUUCUCCGGCAUCGUCACCUUCGCACACCUCCCCCACUCGCGAUGCCUCGACGAACCCCAGCAGACCUUUGACAUUGCCGUCCUCGGCAUGCCCUUCGACACGAGCGUCUCGUACCGACCUGGUGCGCGCUUUGGACCGAACGCGAUUCGGCAAGGGUCGCGCAGACAUGCGACGAACAGGGCUUACUCGAUUCCUUGGAACUUCAACCCCUUCCUUGCCGGCGCCAAGGUACUCGACUGCGGCGACGUCCCCAUCUCGCCCUACGACAACGCGCUCGCGAUGGAUCAGAUUGAGACUGCGUACUCGAGCUUGCUCGCGAGGGAGGUCUCGACCGAGUUCAUGCAAGAACACGGAGACACGAAGAGCCUGGCGCUCGACGGCAAGGAGCACCCGAAGAUUGUGACGCUCGGCGGUGACCACACCGUUGUCCUUCCCAUUCUUCGCUCGCUGCACAAGGUCUACGGCGAGAUUGCGGUGCUCCACUUCGACGCUCACCUCGACACCUGGAACGGCAACCUCUACAAGGGCGCCUGGACAGACCAAUCCAAAGUGACCCAUGGCAGCUUCUUCUGGAAAGCCUCAACCGAGGGGCUCAUCUCCAACACCUCUUCCAUCCACGCCGGCAUCCGCACGAGGUUGUCCGAGUUUGAGGACUUGACGCACGACUCGGAGGUCGGGUUCAAGUUGCUCACGACGGACGAUAUCGACGAGUUGAAGCCGAGCGGGAUCAUCAAGGCUAUCAAGGAGCGCGUUGGGAACAUGCCAGUCUACCUCUCGCUCGACAUCGACGUCGUCGACCCCUCGAUGGCGCCCGCAACCGGCACGCCCGAAUCAGGCGGCUGGACCUCCCGGGAGCUCAAGUCUAUCCUGCGCGGUCUCUCCUCUCUCAACCUCGUCGGGCUCGACAUCGUCGAAGUCUCGCCCGGAUACGACACCAACGCCGAGGUGACGGGCAUGUUGGCUGCGGAUUUGGUGCAGGAGUUUUUGGGGAUGUUGAUGAAGGGCAAGGGACCGAAGGGAAGGAAGGAGUGGUUGCCGGCUGUCAAGGCGGGCGUUCUGAAUGACCAGCGGGAGGGGACGGUCAAGGAGGCCGGGAAGGGCCACGAUGAGCUGUAG